AUGUGCCUGUCUAUCACACUCCAUCUCCCAGUCUCUAUCUCUCCUCCCUUCUCUGCCUCUGGACCCACUGCCUGCCUCUAACACUGUUGCUCUCUGCCUGCCUGACCUGUCCUCAGGCUGAGGAUAACUCAUCAGGAAGAGGAGUUUGUCUAAUAAAGGAACAUCUACACUGGUGAAAGAUUCCCACACUAGGAUGCAGCGGAUCCGGGAGGGCAUCCACAUAAGGACCAUGAAGGCCAAGAGGAAAGUGGAGGACAUCUCUAAGGAAGACGUCCAGGCCUUCUUCAAGAAGAACGCCUUUGUGCUCUUUACUGUAGCGGCCGUCGUUGUAGGUAUAAUCCUUGGCUUUGCACUGCGUCCCUAUAAAAUGACCUACCGAGAGGUGAAGUACUUCUCUUUCCCUGGAGAGCUGCUGAUGAGGAUGCUGCAGAUGCUGGUGCUUCCCCUGCUGGUAUCCAGUCUCAUCACAGGCAUGGCAGCGUUGGACAGUAAGGCUUCAGGAAAGAUGGGCAUGCGAGCUGUGGUGUAUUACAUGACCACCACCAUUAUUGCUGUCAUCAUAGGCAUCAUCGUGGUGCUCAUCAUCCACCCUGGGAAAGGAUCUAAGGAUGAGUUCAUGAAGCAGUCGAAGAUAGAGGACAUCAGCCCUGCCGACGCCUUCCUGGAUCUCAUCAGGAACAUGUUUCCACCAAACAUGAUCCAGGCCUGCACACAGCAGUUCAAAACCAAAUACGGGAAGCGGAUCGUCCAUGUGACGAUGACAGUGAACGACUCUGUCUUCAACCUGACCAACCUGACCGAGCAGAUCACCAGGGAGGAGGUGAUCCCCAUCCCGGGCACGGUGAACGGGGUCAACGCCCUGGGGCUGGUGGUCUUCUCCAUGUGCUUCGGCCUCAUCAUCGGCAACAUGAAGGAGCAGGGCCAGCCCCUCAGGGAGUUCUUCGACAGUCUCAAUGAGGCCAUCAUGAGGCUGGUCGCCAUUAUCAUGUGGUAUGCCCCAAUCGGUAUCCUGUUCCUCAUAUCGGGGAAAAUCGUGGAGAUGGAUGACAUCACUGAGAUGGGUGGUCAGCUGGCCAUGUACACCAUCACGGUGAUCAUAGGCCUUUCCAUCCACGCUUUCAUCAUUCUCCCAGGCCUGUACUUCGCCAUCACACGGCUGAACCCCUUCAUCUUCAUCAUGGGGCUGGUGGAGGCCCUCAUCACAGCCCUGGGAACCUCCUCCAGCUCAGCAACUCUGCCCAUCACCUUCAAGUGUCUGGAGGAGAACAACAAGGUGGAUAAGCGCAUCACACGGUUUGUGUUACCGGUGGGCGCCACCAUCAACAUGGAUGGAACAGCACUAUACGAGGCUCUGGCAGCCAUCUUCAUAGCCCAGGUUAACAACAUGGAGAUGAACAUAGGUCAGAUCAUCACAAUCAGCAUCACAGCCACUGCAGCAAGUAUUGGAGCUGCUGGGAUCCCACAGGCUGGACUGGUCACCAUGGUGAUUGUGCUGACCUCUGUUGGUCUUCCCACUGAUGACAUCACCCUCAUCAUUGCGGUUGAUUGGUUCCUUGAUCGGCUGCGUACCACGACAAACGUCUUGGGCGAUUCCAUUGGGGCAGGCAUUGUGGAGUUCCUAUCUCGACACGAGCUGCAGGCCAAGGAUGUGGAGAUGGGGAACGCUGUACUGGAGGAGAGGAAGAAACCAUACCAGCUCAUCUCUCAGGAAAACGACUACGAGAACGGCAAACGUCCGGGCACUGAAACCAAGAUGUAGCUCAAUGCUCACACACACACAUAUACACGUUUCGGUUUAGUUGAGUUUUUAUUCUUUGUCAUAUUUUUCCAGUUAUUGCCACUGUGCCACAUUUCCUUUCCUUUGUUGUUUUGUCAUUCAUAAAGUUCCUUUUACAAAACAAACAAAUAAUUAUCUCCCUGAAGUGGCCCAAUCAAAUUGCUUACAUCUGCUGCCGCUCUACAAGAUAGAUAGGCUUCCUGUUUUUGUGGUUUUUCUGGCUAUUUUUGUGUUGAGUUAAGUCAUCUUGGCCUAGAAUAAGUACGUGGUAUAAUGGUAUAAGGAGGAAGUUGAUGAGGGCGUUGGUGUCAGAAAGGUAUUUUGUAAAAAGAUUGAAAGACAACAUAUGUUUGAAUGACUGGACAAGCGAUAUCCUUCACAAAAUGCAACCGAGAAGACAUUUAAUUUGAUACUAAUGACAUUAGGCCCGAAUAUACACUACAUGGCCAAAAGUAUGUGGUCGCCCCUUCAAAUUUGGAUAUUUUAGCCACACCCGUUGCUGACAGGUUUAUAAAAUCGAGCACACACCCUUGCGAUUUCCAUAGACAAAAAUUGUCAGUAGAAUGGCCUUACUGAAGUGUUUCGUGACUUUCAAUGACUUUCAGUGUGUCACCAUCAUAGGAUGCCACUUUUCCAGCAAGUCAGUUUUUUUCAAAUUGCUGUCCUGCUAGAGCUGCCCCAGUCAACUGUAAAUGCUGUUAUUGUGAAGUGCAAGGCCACACAAGCUCACAGAAUGGGACCGGCAAGUGCUGAAGUGCGUAGCACGUAAAAAUUGUCUGUCCUCGGUUGCAACACUCACUACCAAGUUCCAAAUUGCCUCUGGAAGUAACGUCAUCACGUGAAUUGUUCGUCAGCACAACAACUGUUCGUCAGGAGCUUCAUGAAAUGAGUUUCCAUGGCCGAGCAGCCGCACACAAGCCUCAGCUCACCAUGCGCAAUGCCAAGCAUUGGCUGGAGUGGUGUAAAGCUCGCUGC